AUGGAGAUUCCUAAAAGAAGAAAAAAGAAAAUUAAUAUUGUAGAAAACUUCUUUGAUGAGGGGACACCUUCUGGUUCUGAGGACGAGCUUUUCAAUAUUGCAACAGGCAACGAUUUACUAAAUCAAAUUCUAAAAAUAUGUUACAAAACCGCUGAUGGGUGUAUUGGUUGUCAUGAAAUCAAAUAUCUUAUUGAGUCUUCAUGUUCUAGCCCGGAUAGUGGGUUUCGAACCUUAUCAGAAGAACCACAAUGUAAACCAUCAAAAAAGAAAAAUGUGAACAAAUUCAACUCUGAUAAGAGAAAGAGGUCAUUGGGUAAGCUUUCACAACGUAAAAGAACUAAAGUGGAUUUAAUCGCCAAUCAGAAGAAAAAUGACAAAGUUUUUGAUGAACUUUUAGAAGAUUACAGAGGCAAUUCUCCAAUAGUUUCAACCAAAAAAAUAAAUCUGGAGAUAAUUCAAAAGAAGAAUUACCUAUAUUUGAUUUAG